AUGGGUUACGACAUGGGUUACGACAUGGGUUACGACAUGGGUUAUGACUUGGGUUACGACAUGGGUUAUGACUUGGGUUACGACAUGGGUUAUGACUUGGGUUACGACAUGGGUUAUGACUUGGGCUACGACAUGGAUUACGAUAUGGGUUACGACAUGGGUCACGACUUGGGUUACGACAUGGGUUACUACAUGGGUUACGACUUGGGUUACGACAUGGGUUAUGACUUGGGUUAUGACAUGGGUUACGACAUGGGCUACGACAUGGGUUACGAUAUGGGUUACGACAUGGGUUACAACUUGGGAUGCAAAUUUGGUAAGGACUUUGGUUAA